AUGUACUGGUUUGGCUACAAGACCGCUUUACCCAAACCAACAGGACCUUACAAUGUUGGUACAGCUGAAAUAAUGUCUGGCCGAGGCGAGCAAAGUACAUUGGGUAUUAUCGAUUUCUCUGAAAUGCCACUUAGCUUCUUUGCAGGCUGGAUACUUCGCAAUACAGUCAUACCGACUUACCAGAAUGCUCCCUUAAUACAACCGAAGGAUUAUGAGGAAACACCACAGCUCGAUCUUCAAAGAUUACGUGUUUUAAUUUGUUCGCAUGGCUUAGGUGGCAAUCGGGCAAUACUUAGUGUGCUAUGUUGUGAAUUGGCAUCCUACGGUUAUGUUGCGGCUUCCCUUGAUCAUAGAGAUCUUUCUGCCUCCCACACGUACUAUUAUCCAGAAAAAGAAGGAACGGAGAUAGCUGAGAAGGCUAAAGUCAUUAAUGUACCCUUCAAAAGAUGUCCUAUAGAUGAUUUCGAAACUAGAAAUAAGCAGGUAAAUAUAAGAGCUCAAGAAGAGCGUCUCAAUUUAUCUUCGUUAGCUGUAUUCGGACAUUCUUUUGGUGGAGGGACAACCAUAGCCGCAUUAGCUAAAGAUGCAAGGCUUCAAUGUGGAGUUUGCUUAGAUGCCUGGCUCUUCCCACUUGGAGAAGAAGUGUAUGAAAAUAUUAACAAACCUAUUCUCUUUAUCAAUUCAUUCGCAUUUCAGUGGCCUAAAAAUAUCAAGCGCAUACAAAGAAUAUUAUCGGGCCACAAUGGUGAUUUUUACAUGUUUCAAAUUACACAACUUGUAAGACUGUUACUAAAUUCUUCGAAUGUUUUUAUUUUUAGAAACACUGGCCACUUGACCCAGACCGAUUUCGCUCAUAUUAUCCCUAGCUUUUUUGCCAGACGUAGUUCAAGCUUUGGCACUAUACCGCCAUUAACGACCACCUCGGUAAACAACAAAUUGUGCUUCGAUUUUCUAGAAGCACAAUUAGGCAAUAAGGAAAAAAGAACUUACCCACUAUCUGUAAACAUGGAAGAUUAUGUUUUGGAAGGCACUAAUGUAGAUACAUCGAAUCUUGAUGAUUAA